AUGCAUGAGAACAAGACUAAAACAUCAAGUCUCCCUCUCACUUCAAAUCAACAGCGAAAUUUAUUAGAGAUAUCACGAAACCUGAAGGAACGGUUGCAAUAUGCUGCAUUUAAAGUUGACAACGGCUGGGAAACGCGAUCGCUUGAUCAAGUGGAAGUUUUGGUCCAAAUGAAACUGCAAAGCGUUCAAGCAGGAAACAGACUGAAGAGUAUUUUGAAGCAGCCGAAAACCAUUAGAGACUCAAUUGCUGAGGGAGAGCCUCGUAGCGAUACUGUUCUACACGUUCAGGUGAGAGGUGAUGGAAAUGCCAAACUCGACACUUUAUCUCCAAACUUCCCAACGCUUUUACAUCCACAGAAACAUGUUUCUUUCAGCGAAACCGAUGAUACAGAUAUUGCGCGACUUUUGUUGGAAAUGUGUGCAUCCCCUGGACCCGAACCAGUUGCAAUGCCUGAUCAACCUGCGAAUUAA